UGCAUAGUUUUUAAUUGGUUUCCAUGUUUGGCAAAACCAAUAUGACAUUUACCAAUGCUUUUCUCCUUUCUUGUACAUUUCAUUCUUUCUGGACAAGUGUUGUGAAUAGUUGCUCUAUUGGACAUUUAAAAAGCAGCGAAGAUGCCUGUUGUGUUAAUUUUUUCAAAGAGAAAAACUUCUGUAAAGAAUGCCCAAUUGGAUAUAUCGGAGUAAAUUGUAGUGAUACAUGCACUCCACCAUUUUUUGGAAACUUGUGUAGCUUUAGGUGUGAAUGUUUGAAAUGUCAUCAUAUUAACGGCUGUGUAACAGACAAAAAAAGGAGCGAACCGAAACUCACAACACACGCACUGCAGAACAUAACAAAUCCAAAAAUAGACAACACAAUGAGCGAACCAAACGUCACGACACGCGCACUGCGGAACUUAAGAAUUCUAAAAAUAGAUCAAACAACGGAACUCAAAACAAUAAAACGACAAGGAAAACAGCCGGAAAACAUGAAUAAUUCAGCGAAGAUGACCGAUUUGAUAAUAAUAUCAACUGGAUUAGUCUUAACGGUUGUAUUAUUAACGUUGAUCUCAUUCACUUACUGCAAACGUUUUACCUCAGCAUAUGUUAAUGGAAACAAUCCUGACUUUCAAAAUAUUCAAGAAAUGGACACUGUCUAUGCUGAAAUCAGUAGACGAAGAAUCUGAAAAAAAAGUCAAGCUUGGGCUUUUUUGUUGAUUAUCAAAUGAUGGAAUAACGAUCUUAAAGAUUUUCAAUUGAAACCUAAAAUAUUUAUAAUAGGAAACAUG